GACUACAUUACCCAUAGCAUGACGUCUUUCUCUGAAAUGCGCGUGCGCAUUCGUUUAUUCUACUCUGGACAGUUGUAGGAGAAAAUGGCAGCAUUCAUGCUAGGACAGCAGGUCCGCCAGUUCAGCACGUCUGUGAUCAGACCUGCAGCAAAACUGAUUAAGCACCCCAUUCAAUUGUAUGGAGUGGAGGGCCGCUAUGCCACUGCUCUAUUCUCAGCUGCCAGUAAGCAGAACAAACUGGACCAAGUGGAGCAGGAACUGCGAAAAGUGUCUACCCUGAUCAAGGACCCCAAGAUUUCCAGCAUUGUAAUGAAUCCUCAUGUUAAACGCAGCAUCAAGCAGAAAACCUUCAGUGAUGCGCUUACAAAGGCUAAGGUUUCACCUAUUACUGUCAACCUCAUGAAUGUUUUGGCUGACAAUGGUCGUCUUACUCGAACUGGUGAUGUUAUCAGUGCUUUUGGCAAGAUGAUGAGCGCGCACCGUGGAGAGGUCCUCUGCUCUGUCACUACUGCUCAGCCUUUGAAUGAAGCUAAUCUUGCUGACCUGAAAGUAGCUCUCAAUGGUUUCCUUCAGAAAGGUGAAACUCUCAAGCUGGAAACAAAGUCGGAUCCUUCAGUCCUGGGUGGCAUGAUUGUCAGUAUCGGAGACAAGUAUGUGGACAUGUCCACCAAAACAAAGAUUCAGAAGCUGACCAAGGUCAUAAGGGAAACUUAAGUCCUGUGGACUUCAUUUUGUAAAAGAUCAGAAAUGACCAUCAGGAGAAAACACUUGAUAUAUGUUGCUACCUGUUCUAGCAGUGAAGUUGCUCCAUAAAUCCUGUGACUCUGUUUAAGUUCAUAUUAAUGUUAAUAAAAACUACAAACAAUGGAGAA